CGUUGCUUGAAGUGCAGAUGUAAAUUGACUGCUGCAUAAACUUUAGUGUAGGCACUAGGUUAGCCUAGGCUAGGCUAGGUACCUAUGUAAACCAUAAACCGCAAUCGCGAACUUGCACAAUUUAAACAAAUUUCUGACGCCCGCGCAACCUUCAAUUCCUCCCAUCCCCCCCACUCCAUUCUAUUAACCAGAACACGCCAAUACGUUAACCAUACCAAUAACGUCAGCAAGUCAACCAACUUUCAACCCGAAAUCUACAAACAUGUCUUUCCUCGCCCGUAGAGCCACCGCCGCCGCCCCGAGCCUGGCCCGCGCAUUCAGCGCCUCUGCCCGCCGCGACAUCGCCAAGAUCACGCUGGUCGGCAACUUAGCUGCCUCGCCCGAGGUCAGGCCUACCAGCACCGGCCGCGAGAUCCUCGAGUACUCUGUCGCCAGCAACAGCGGGCCCAAGGACAACCGCCAGACCAGCUGGUUCAAGGUCGCUGCUUUCAUUGAGGAAGGCCCUCGCCGCGACUUCCUCACUAGCUUACCGAAAGGUUCUACCGUUUACGUCGAGGGUGACGCUGUUAUGAGCUCCUUCACCGACGGCGAGGGCAAGACGAAGACUUCUCUUAGCAUCUACCAAAAAAAUCUAGAGGUUCUCAAGCGACCAGCUCCCACCGAGUAAAAAAAAAACAGAAGAAGAAUAUGGAUGAUGCGUGCGGAGACUCUUUUCAGAGCAAAACACUUCGAGCCAGUAUCUUCUUGGAUCGUGGAUCCUCCUCCUCCUUACUGCAAAAGUUUUUCAUGUCUAAU